AUGAAGAGACUGCUACGUCACCGGUUUGGGGAACAGCGCGGUGAGACAAAGAAGUCCACACAAUGUAAUAAGCGACUGCUCUCCUCGCCCACAGUUUAUAAAGAGAGACCUGGAGCGCUACGCAGGGUUCGUCAAGUCGCUGGAGGACACUAUCCUCCAACUAAGCUAGAAAGCUCGCGCAGCAAUCGCGCACCACAUUACUUAUCCAGUGCUCCCACCAAACUCGGACAAUGCUGCGAAGAAAUCGAUGGUCCAACACUAAAGUCUUUUGACUUCCUCGGCGCGCAGCGGCCAGGUAUCUGA